AUGCCCUUGACCACCCCAUCUCUUCCCUCUCUGCGUGUCUCUGCUGAGCCUGCUUCCUUUGCUCCCACCGCCCCCUCCCACCUUGCUGCCGCCCUGGACGAGCCACCGGUCCGCCUCGAGGCCGCCGACCCUGACUGCCCUCCCUCCGCCAGACCUGCCACCACCCGCCGCCUCACCUUGUCCCGCUUCCCGCUGCUCCGCAAAGGAAGUCGCGAGCUCGUGCGAUCCGUCUCCGUGUCCGUGGCCGCCCACACUCGCCGCAGCAGCACCUCGUCGACGCUUGCCCUGCCCGACUCGCUCCUGCCCUCCCCGCGCGCCCCGUCUCCGUUUGCGCGUGGCAUUGAGCAUCGAGAUCUGUCGCCCGCAGCCCACGCCCCCGACCACCCGAGCCACGAGCCAGAGAGGCUGUCGGAAGACUCGCAGCACACGCACAAGUCCGCCCGCCUGCCCAGCGCAGCCAACCCCAGCAAGAUGCAUCAGACCAGCUCGCGCCUGCUGCGCAUGACCGACGAUGAGCGCCCGUACACAAGAGACUUCAAGGAUCUGUUCUCGACGCUCAUGGUCUCGCUCCCUCUGACCCCCCAUCGUGUCCGCUUCCGCAUGAUUGAAUUCACCUUUACAUCAGACGAAGCCGUGACGAACCUCGGAUCCCUCAAAUUCUCCCAGUCCAACCGCAUGCCGGAUCCAAAAGAUGCGUCACGUGUCGUCACCACAACGACAACCACCACCUUCUCCAUGGCGAAAGAGAUGGCUCGCUCCGUUUGCCAAAAGUUCCUCGAGGGCAAGUUCGUCGAAUCAGUCGAAGGCAAGACCGAUUUCUCCAACAAGAGCUCAGUCUGGCAGCUCACUCCCAAGGGUAUCCACAUCCUAGAGCGAUUCUGCACACGGAACGGAAUCCAGUCUGCACAUGUCAAGGCCGUCAUCGACUCCAACCGAAACCCGCACCAGCUGGUCAUCCUGGAGCGUAAUACUGACAACGACAAGCUACAUCACGACGAGCAAACAAUCGAGAUCAUCUUCCGUCGCUUUGUUGGCAUCACCGCAAAUGAGACACAAUCAGAUUCUGACUCGAUACACGAAUUCUCCAAAUGCGACGUCGGCGUAAAGCUCGUCAAGCAUCGCCCAAGCAGCACCCGUCCAUGGGAGCACACUUUCAACGGCAAGAAUGCAGCACAAUGGCUCAUAGACUGUUCCACAAUGGUCGAACCGCAUGAAGCGAUUGAGAUUGGUUCGCUCUUCCUGCAGCUCAAGCUCAUCGCCCCUGUCGAUCCUCGCAACCCAGAACACACAUUCCAGCCCAUCAAACAGGUCCAUUACUACAUCACCACACAUGGCGAGCGUGUCGCAGGUUGGGCGCUCGAAGAUCCUUCACUGGUAGAGACACUUACAGCAAAGUCUCGAGAUGGUGUCACACGUGAUUCGAACAGCAACCGCACCAACGUCAUCAUUCGCAACCCUUCAUGGCGCCUUCUGUACCGCGAGUUCCUCAAGGAGACCAUGUGUGAGGAGAACCUGUCUUUCUACCUCGAGGUCCAGGAGUUCAACAGGCAGUACCGGUCAGCUGUUGGCGAUAAGGGGGAAAACAAGGUCGAGACGAUUCGUGAAACGCUCGCUGCUGCAUAUGGUCUAUACAAUGCGUUCUUAGCACCAGGCUCACCAAACGAGCUCAACAUCGACCACAGUCUCCGUACCCAACUGGCUACCCGCAUGACGCGGGCCGUUGGCGACGAUGCCGCGAUGUUGCAGAGCCUUAAUGAAGUCGCAAUGCUGUUUGACAAGGCGCAAAACUCGAUCUUCAAGCUCAUGUCAAGUGACUCGGUGCCCAAGUUCAUCAAACAUCCAAAGUACGCCCCGCAACUCCGUGGACUGGACGCCGCCGCAGCUUCCGCAUACGUCCCUGCCUCUCCCGCUCCUACCUCAUCCCGAGUAUGA